CAAACAUGGCGUCUUCUCCGGUGAACCCAAGUUCGCCAACUGGCACGCUAAAAAGGGACGCCUCAAAGAAAGACUCUGGCAAACUUGGCUGGGUUGGAACACUUACUAGAAGAAAAAAAGGCCAAGAAGUUGAUGAGCUUGAGACAGAGGGGAGGCAUGCCAUUGAAUCUCCAACUACACCAAUCACAGUAGCACCGGACACAUUUGAUCUAGAUGAAAAUGAACAACGAUCAAUGGUGGAACCUGCUUCGCUUGAAAGUAUAAAACUUAAGGAACUGAAAGAGGUAUUGCUUGACUGGAUUAAUGACGAACUUUCAGAACACCGAAUUGUCCUCAGGGACAUUACAGAGGACUUGUAUGAUGGUCAAAUUCUUGCAGUUCUUAUGGAUAAACUUGCUGGGAUUAAGCUCUCUGAAUUUGAAGAGGUCACUCAGUCAGUGGAAAGCCAGAGAGCCAGACUGUCUAUUUUGCUAGAGCAGGUGAACAAACUGUUAGGAGUCCCUCAGCAUAGAGCAAAAUGGACAGCAAAUGCUAUACACGGUAAGGAUAUUGUGGCCAUACUUCAUCUGUUGGUUGCACUGGCGCGCCACUUCGAGAGUCCCCGCAAACUUCCAGGCGGUGUCCGAAUAAAUAUGGUGGUGGUACAGAAAAAAGGAGGAAUUCUGCUGCCGAACAAGAUUGUGGAGGAAAUUACAGCCCCCAAUGAAGGAGAAGAUGUACAAAACGGAAAACCAGAAAGAGAUGCCUUUGACGCGCUUUUUGACAAUGCCCCUGAAAAGCUGAAUGUUGUGAAAAAGUCCUUGCAGGUCUUUGUCAACAAGCACCUGGCAAAGUUGAGUCUAGAGGUUGCUGAGGUUGAUUCACAGUUUCACGAUGGCGUCUACCUCAUCUUCUUGCUGGGACUUCUAGAAGGCUUCUUUGUUCCUCUCUAUCAGUUUUAUAUCACUCCUACCACCAAAGAUCAGAAGCUUCAUAAUGUAACCUUAGCUAUCGACCUGAUGAGAGACAGUGGAUUAAAGUUCUACGCAAAGCCUGACGAUGUCGUUCAAAAGGAUCUUAAGUCCACUUUAAGAAUCCUUUACUGCUUGUUCCAAAAGUUCAAGAGCCUCAAGUAGUUUAGACGUUAAUUGACCGUUUGUAAAACAAAAUUGCAACGAGAAAUAAGACUCUAACCUUCUCCUUUUCGUUGAUAUUUAUCCCUUAUCUGAGUAGGCUAGAUUAAACAACCACUCUGCUAAUUACCUUUCAAGACCAAAUUCUUCCGAAAUCUCUCUUUGGUUUGGAAGAAGACGUCAAAUUAGUUAUUUGUGAAAAACAAACAAACGAGCAAACAGCCAUUUGCACGUGAAAACGUAAACAGACAACAAAACUAUGGGGGACAAAAUUUUAAUUUCCUGCUCAAGUGCUCCAUCUUGGACGUAAAACGCAACAUGUGAUAGAGAAUAAAUAUUUGUUGGAAGUUA